AUAUCUACUGAUUUUUCUUUGUUUCCAAAUUGCCUACACUUUCAAACCUUCACGAAUUUGACACGGCGAAAAUUCAGCAACAUGACUUGGGCAGAGAUUAAACCAAAGAUUUCAGUGCCAAUAUUUUGUGCACUCACGCUCUGUAUAUUUCUGGCAGAUAUUCUACUUGACGAGAAAAACUAAGAAACAGAAAGUAACAAUAAUAAACACACCCCGAUAUGACGGCAAGUGAACUGGAAAUAACUCGAAACCAGCAAGCAUUUCCAAAGGAAAUCGCGCUGAAUAGAUUAUCGUCGAUAACUCUUCAGCAAGCUCGUAGAAACGUCAUCCACGUCGAUGACUCGUCAACGAGCGAACGUAUCAUCGAGAAAACGCUCAAAGAGUCUACUGACCAGUUUAUUCAAAAUUUAGAAAAAAUCUCUAAGAUGGAUAUUAAAGAUAAAACAUCAGUACAUUUCACCGAGCCUGGAACCCAGCCUUUACAACCUCCGGAAUCGCCUGUGGACACACCGUCGUCGAAAGUAUCGGAAGAUGACAUGGGAAGUGCGAAAAUGGAAGAAUGGAAGUUCACGCCGCAGGAAGCGGCCGCUGUAUCCUCCAUGCUCGAGGAGUGUUUGGCUAAACUCACCACAAUCGGCUUCAUGAUACCGGCCCACGUCGAUCCACGCUGGGACGACACGAUCAAGACAAUCGACGAGACGUACGGAGUGCCUGAUGAACCUGGAAUGAUCUUCAGAGAAGACAUGGACCUGUUACCACUCGUAUCCACGAAGACUGAAAAAAUGCAGAGGGACAGAAACUACGUGUGCGAGGUCCUCAAAAAAGUCCUUCACGAAGUAAAAAACUAUGGAAGAUUCGACAGUCUGAAAGAAGAGGUUGAUAAGAUCGUAAGAAAACGGGAAGGCGAACGUGUACUCGAAGAGAAGGCCCAGACGUGGCUCAGCCAGGCUGAGCGAUUCCGAGAACUGUUGGAAUCCGACAAAAAGGCGAACGAGGAAGACACGAAGAGGACGACAAAACUCGCGCAGGAAAGCGACGCGCAAGUCGAUCACGCGUUAUUAUUGAGCAGCGGAAAAUUGGGCUACGCGGAAAGAUGGGCGAAAGCCAGAUUGGAGCAGCAGGAGGUCAAACUGCAACUACAAAAGAAAGAUAUAUUGAACAAGCUGAGCGAAUAUUCGAAGGAAUACAAUGCGGAGCAGAUCAUCUCGGCUGAGAUGAAUGCUCACUUAGAAGCGGACAUCAAGGAGAAAGAAGAGCAGAUAGACAUGUGGACGAAGAAAUAUAAUGAGGAUCUUGUGGAACGACAGCAGGAAAUCGAUGAGUUGAAGAGAUUAAUAGAAGAACAAAAAUUAGAAAUGGAAAAAAUGCACGCUUCAAUGGACGAACGACAGAAAUUUAUCGAAGAAUGUAUCGCCGAGGAGGAAAGAUUGAAGGAAGAAGAGAAGUUAAAUAAAGCCGCAACCGUUAUCCAAUCGACAUGGAGAGGUCACAUGGUGAGGCAGCAAUUAGGACAGUACAAAGAUCUGUGGAAACGGCUGAAAAAGCGGAAUAAAUUAAGAAAAAAAAAAGGCCCGACGAAAAAAAAAAAAAGACUAAGAAGAAAAUAAUCUUAAAGUAAACCAGAGGGCUUCAGUGCCUGGACAAACGACAGAGAGUUCGAUAUUUUAUUACUGAAAAAGAGUUGCUUUCUUUACAACACUAAUAAUGCCUUCGAAGUAUCUGUAUAAAUUAUUCAAAUAUAUAUUUAAACAAA